AUGGUUGGACGGCAGUUGCAUUUUUUGGCCACGGGAGCUGAAGGCGAGGAAACGCUAAAGCUUUACCAGCAUUACCGCUACGAAAAUCCAAUAUCUGUGUUCAGUCAGUCAAUUAAGAAAUCAAGGGUCGAAGAGGAAUACGCUCAUUCUGCGGAAACUUUCUUCAAUUGUCAGAAUUGUUUUAAGAUAUUUGUUAUUUAUGAAAAGAAACCAGUGGUGACCAUAGAACUUGUAGACACAGAGACAGAAGAAGAUAAUGGGGAUGGAGAAAAUGUUCACCCUAAUGGAGAAACUAUUGCAGUAGACGCUAGCACUUCAUCAGACUCCGAUCAGAAUGAGGAGACCGAUGAGGAGCAGCGCAGAAACGUGGGUACAACAGCGGUGUUGAAAACAAACGGUUUGUCUAAGGAAAGAGAACUAGGGCAUGAGAGUAGUGGAAAUGGGUCAUCAGCGAGGAAUUCUCUUGCUAUAAAAAAACGAAGUCGGCUUUUUCUUCGACGUAAUGCUCGCUUGAGAAAUCCCGAAAUUGCCGGCGAUUUUGUCGUUUUUGGAGGAGAAGGGACACCGUCAAUCUAUUCGCCCUCUUUCAUAUGGGAGGGAAUUGUGCGGCGCAAUCGUGGACGAGGGUUGGCCAAAAUGGAACGUAUGCACUAUAUCAGGAAAUGUCGAGCCGGUGAUAUGUUUGCGGAAGAGCAUGGUGUUACAUGGUUGGCCAAAGGAAUGCAAAAAAUAACGUCGCAUCAUCCGAAGUACGAGUUUCUUCAGUUCAACAAAUAUAUGUUGAAAAAUAACACAGCAUAUCAGUCUCGCUCCACGUAUGCACAUGUUAACUAA